AUGGCCGCGAUAGUAAGUGGUAACGAUCACGAGUUAGCGCUCGAGGAGGCUCUACAGCGGAUAGGAGGAGAGCCAGGGACUGAUGAAGAAGACGACGAGGAACUAAGUGUUGUCGAGUACGACGAGGAAGAACAGCGACCACCAGCACCAACGGCCAGUGUAGUAUCAGGCCCGGCGCCAGAGACCACCACUAAUGGCGACAAUGGAGCAGGAGGAGGAGGGAGAUACGAAGUGCCAGAGCCUUAUAUUGGGACACCCUCUAACUCUGUUCCUUUGAAAGAAGUCCUCGGGGAGUAUAGAUCCUUUAUGCUUUUCAGGCGGUUCCUAAAGGAUCAGUGCAUUACCCGUAACCUCCAGUUCUGGCUGGCAUGCGAGUAUUAUCACACGCAGAUGCCCCUCGAAGGCAUCAAAGCUGCCAAAGCCAUCUACUGUCGUUUCCUAAAAAGCUCUGCUCCACUUCACGUCUCCAUCCUAGAGGCAACAAAAAGAAAAAUUUGUACAAUAGUACAGCUUGGCUCUCCCCCUGGUUACACACUGUUCCUUGAGGCUCAGCAAGAGGUGUAUAACCAAAUGGAAGUCAAUGAACUUCAGCAGUUUCUCUGUUCUGACUCUUUCUCAGAAUGCUCUCAGUUCCCCACGCGUGGUCCCACACAGAACAUGUAUGGGUCUGUGAGCGGGGAUAUUGGCUUUCAGCCGUCUCGCUAUAGAAAUGGCGGGUCGCUACAUUCCAGCGACGAUUCAACCUCUGUUACCAGUUUUGCAUCAGAGGAUGUUGGGUCAACUCAUACGCAAGUAUUGUGUUUACCGCACCACACCAAAUCUGUUUAUACUCCCAGGAAUGCUCAUUCUGACACUGAACACUCAUCAUCACAUCCUCGAAGGCAGCAAUAUGCAGGACCGACCACACACAUAUCAAGGAACAAAGUAUUGACACAGAACCAGUUCUACGAGAUCGUCUGCGAGAAGCUCAGUGCCGUUCAAAGAGACAGGACGGCAAUGAAGCAGAGAGCAAGAAAUAUAGCAAGGAUAGCAGGGAAAUCCUACGAGGACAUAAUGUCAAUAGAUUGGUUUGAUACACCAGAGGCCAUUAAAUAUGUGUGUUUUGAUGACGAAGGAACUGCUGCUGGAGCUGACGAUGGACUCCAUUCUCCUCCCCUCUCUCUUCCCCCUCCUCACAAGCAGUCCGUGGGGAAGAGGACAACAGUGGAAUCAUCCGACACGCCUCCUUCAUCGACUUCUGGUGCACCCUCGCAUCAUCUCAUCAGCUUUGGACUGAAAGAGAUACAAGAAGCUCUGAGAGACCUUGACAUUGCUAGCCAGGUCAGACAAAAGAGAUCCUCAACACUUAUGUCAAGCUCUGCCUCCAGUUACAUCAGUGAUAGUGGAGUUGGGGAGAGCAACCUUCCUUCCAGUGGAAGUGGUGGGCCUGGACCCAGCAGUGGGCAUAACAGCAGACUCUCUAAUCGUGUCCAUGCUUAUCUUCAGAAUCAGCAACGUGUCACCAGUCAACAGUCAGAGAGAGAAGCUCAGGCUCAGCUUGUGGCUACAAUGCUUAUGAAUAAUUCUGUCCCAUCUGAUGAGCUCAAUCCUUAUCAUAACAAUGGACGGAGAUCAUAUGCUAAUUAUCCUGGGGCUUAUUCUUCUGACGAUUCGUCGUCUUGUUUCACUGCUACCUCUCACUCGUCUAAUUCUGAGUUCUUUGUUCCGAGAAGACCGCAUCCUCUUUACGGGGACUCGAAUGACGAAUCAAGACAACAGUCGCAUCAUCAUUCACGGUAAGGAAGGAGA